AUGAGCAAAGUCCUGGAAAAAAUCAUUAACAAGAGACUUAUCUGGUUCCUUGAAUCGACAAAUCGAAUCUCAAACCAACAAUGCGGCUUCAGACGUAAUUAUUCUACCAUGGACAACCUAUCUUCACUCCACACAGACAUCUGUACAGCAUUCAAAAGCAACCAACAUCUCAUUCUGAUUUCACUCGAUCUGCAAAAGGCAUACGACAUGGUAUGGAGAGACAGAGUACUAUCGACACUCAUAAAAUGGGAUAUUAAUGGUCACAUGUUUAAGUUUCUAUCAAACUUUUUAACCAAUCGCUCGUUUAGAGUUAAAAUCCAAAAUACCCUAUCCAACUGA